CUUGACAUUCAAUACGUCGCAGCACUUUGUAGCAAUUUUGCUCUCUAGCAAUCAGUCAUAGUUAAUACGUGGUCAAGGCAACAUCACUCUGUGCGAUCCAGUGCCACUUAUACUCGAGAAAGACAACCGAGUAUGGCUGUCGUGCUAAUAUCUUUGAUUAUCGGGGCGCUUUUAGCCUUUUAUUUUUAUCUAAUACAAAAAAACAAAUACUGGCAAAAACGUGGAGUACCAUGUGCGAAUGGAGCCCUGCCGGGAGUCGGCCACAUGUUAGAAGUGAUUUGCAUGAAAAUGACUUUGCCAGAACGCUCUCGCAAAAUUUAUAAAGACAACAUGAAUCGUAGUAUGAUCGGAUUUUACAAUUUCACCACACCAUCAUUGAUAAUCAUGGAGCCGGAAUUAGUAAAAACAGUGUUGCAGACCAAUUUCACGAAUUUUUCCAAAAAUACUGUGGAUAUCGAUCCAUCUUUGGAUCCUCUUUUAGCGCAUAAUCCAUUCGUCAAUACCGGCGACAAAUGGAUUAAUGGAAGGAAACGCUUGACUUACGCUUUCUCCAGUAUGCGAUUGAAAAUUCUGCUUGAAGGCGUCAAAUCGGUGUGCGUAACGAUGGAGAGCUAUCUCGAUAACAAGAUGAAGGAUACCGGGAAGAUUGAAUUGGAGCUGAAGGACUUGUACUCCAGGUAUACCAUGCAAGUCGUGGCCGCUGUUGGUUUCGGCGUAGAAGGAUUCUGUUUCGAUGACGAAAAAGACGAUAUAUCUAUCCGAAAAAUCGGCCAAGUCAUUUUCAACUCUUCUAAGCGAAGUAUGCUUAUGUUUGCUCUUAUAUUCUUCGUUCCGUCGUUGAACAAAAUCUUCAGGAUGAGCUUUAUUCCGAAACACGUUGACAGUUUCUUCAGAAAAUUGGUUGCGGAUUGUAUGGAGCAACGACGGAAGAACGAGACAUGCAAAAAUGAUUUUCUUCAUUUGAUGGCAGAAUUGGAACGGAUAUCAGGCGAUAAAUUUGAUCUCGAGAUGGUUACAGCUCAAGCAAUGUCAUUUUUCCUCGACGGCUAUGAGACUUCCAGCACCGUUAUGAGCUUCGUUGGUUUUCAAUUAGCCACUCAUCCUAAAGUGCAGGAGAAAUUACGCAAGGAAAUAAUAACUGUACUCGAUAAGUAUGAUGGUGUGAUUACUUACGAAGGCUUGAAGGAAAUGACAUACAUGGACCAGGUUUUGAAUGAAUCACAGAGAAUCAUGCCCGCAGCACCAAUCCUGCAAAAACAAUGUACGGAAGAAUGUGAGCUAAGAGGAUCUGAUGGACUCGUUUGUCGCGUGGGACCUGAAACGCAGAUUGUGAUACCUAUCCACAGUCUGCAAGAAGAUUCUCGAUAUUGGGAAAAUCCUGAAGUGUUUGAUCCCGAAAGAUUUAGUCCAGAGAACAAACACAACAUCGAAAAAUACGCUUUUCUUCCCUUCGGUGAGGGUCCGCGAAUGUGUGUCGGGAUGAGAAUGGCUCUAUUGCAAUUAAAGGCUGGUCUCGCUGCAACUUUGAAAAAAUACAGUCUAGAGCUUUCUCCGAAGACACAAGUACCUUUGAAAAUGAUACCCAACACAAUCUUACCAACACCGAAAGGUGGUCUGUGGGUCAUUUUUCGACAGCUCUAAAUGUAGUUUUAAAUUUUUCACCAGCUAUAUUGGGAUUAUUAUAUUUAAAAAUAA